AUGCUGCUGCGCCUGCUGCUGGCCUGGGCGGCCGCGGUGCCCACACUGGGCCAGGCCCCCUGGGCCACUGAGCCCCGCGCUGCCUGCUUCCCGGGCAGCUGUUACGCACUCUUCCCGCGGCGCCGCACCUUCUUGGAGGCCUGGCGGGCUUGCCGCGAGCUGGGGGGCGACCUGGCCACCCCGCGGACCCUCGAGGAGGCCCGGCGUGUGAACAGCCUGGUGGGCUCCGGACCGGCCAGCCGGCUGCUGUGGAUCGGGCUGCAGCGGCAGGCCCGGCAAUGCCAACCCCAGCGCCCGCUGCGCGGCUUCACGUGGACCACGGGGGACCAGGACACCGCCUUCACCAACUGGGCCCAGCCUGCCACGGGCGGGCCCUGCCCAGCCCAGCGCUGCGCCGCCCUGGAGGCAAGCGGCGAGCAUCGCUGGCUCGAGGGCUCUUGCACGCUGGCCGUCGAUGGCUACCUGUGCCAGUUCGGCUUCGAGGGCUCCUGCCCCGCACUGCCUGAGGAGGUGGGCCAGGCCGGCCCAGCCGUCUACACCACGCCCUUCCACCUGGUCUCCGCGGAGUUUGAGUGGCUGCCCUUUGGCUCUGUGGCUGCCGUGCCGUGCCAGGCUGGCAGAAAAGCCUCUCUGCUCUGCGUGAAGCAGCCUGAGGGUGGCGUGGGCUGGUCGCGGACAGGCCCCUUGUGCCCUGGUACCGGCUGUGGCCCCGACAAUGGGGGAUGUGAACACGAGUGCAUCGAGGCUGCGGAUGGUCGGGUGUCCUGUCGCUGCAGCGAGGGCUUCCGGCUGGCAGCGGACGGGCACAGCUGCGAGGACCCAUGUGCCCAUGCCCCGUGCGAGCAGCAGUGUGAGCCUGGAGGGCCGCAGGGCUACAGCUGCCACUGUCGCCUGGGUUUCCGGCCUGCUGAGGAUGAGCCGCACCGCUGUGUGGACACGGACGAGUGCCAGAUUGCCGGCGUGUGCCAGCAGAUGUGUGUCAACUACGUCGGUGGCUUCGAGUGCUACUGCAGCGAGGGCCACGAGCUGGAGGCUGAUGGCAUCAGCUGCAGCCCCGCUGGGGCCAUGGGCGCCCGGGCAUCCCAGGACCUCGAGGACGGGUUGCUGGACGAAGGGGACGAGGAAGAGGACGAAGAAGACGAGGAAGAGGACGAAGAAGAAGCCUGGGAGGCCUUUGAUGGUGGCUGGACAGAGAUGCCUGGGAUCCCGUGGAUGGAGGCCACGCAGUCAUCAGACUUUGACCUGGCCUAUAGACCUAGCUUCCCAGAGGACGGGGAGCCAGGGAUGCCCUACCUGUACCCCACCUGGCCACCCCCACUUAGUGCCCCUGGGGUCCCUCACCACUCCUCAGUGCUCUCUGUCACUCGGCCUGUGGUGGUCUCGGCCACGCGCCCCCCACUGCCUUCUGCCCACCAACCCGCUAUUAUCUCUGCCACACGCCCACCCCUGGCCCCGGUCCCCCAGCCCCCCGUAAUCCCUGCCAUACACCCAGCUUUGCCCUCUGACCACCAGUUCCCCAUGAUCUCAGCUAACUAUCCAGACCUGCCUUCUGUCCACCGACCCCUUGUUAUCUCUGCCGCACAGCCAGGACCAACCCCUGCCCACCAGCGCCCAGUGGCCUCAGCCAAAUAUCCCAAGCUCUUCCCCGCUCACCAGUCCCCCAUGUUCCCAGAUACCCAGGCCACUGAUAUCCAGAACACCACGCCUUUGCCUCGAAUCCCAGCUAACCACACCCCUCUGGUCACCACCUCCAGUCCCCCUCAACCCCCUGUGACCCCAGAUGUCCCGAUCCUCAAAGCCCAGGCCGGCCACCAUCCCGUUACUUCUACGGUCCAGCCUUCUCGGACCACUGCUUUCAGGUCCCCUGUGCCCCCUGCCCAUCAAGUCCCUGUGCCUGCUGCCUCCCAACCCCCAGCCUUCCACACUCCUCUGCCCCCUCAGAGCGCCACUAGCCAGACCUCUCUCACCAGCGCUCCACACCCCCACUCCAAAGCCCCACAAGUCCCAAGGGAAGGUACUCUUGACCCCAGCCUGGCUCCAUGGCUGUCCUCGGCAGUCCCCACAUCAGCUCCUCCAGCCCUGGGGGAGGCCAGUCCAGCUGGCCGAAGCCGGAGGGAUGACCGGUGGCUCCUGGUGGCACUCCUAGUGCCAACAUGCGUCUUCUUGGUGGUCCUGCUUGCACUGGGCAUUGUGUACUGUACCCGCUGUGGCCCCCACGCGCCCAACAAGCGCGUGACCGACUGCUAUCGCUGGGUCACCCACGCCGGGAGCAAGGGCCCAACGGAACCCGCGCCCCACCGGGGCAGCCUCACAGGGGUGCAGACCUGCAGAACCAGCGUGUGAUGGGGUGCAGCCCCCCCCGUGGGGUGAAGGGGAAGGGGCAUGCAUUGGACUUAUGGCCCAGGCUGCACCAGGGACCCAUGGGGGCUGCGCAGCUGGACAGAAGGCUUCCUGCUCCCCCGGGCCCAGCCAGGCUCCUCUCUCAAUCAGCCACUAGACUUGACUCUUGGGAACUCUGUUUUCUUGGCCCAGCACUCACAGUGGAGGAGACGCCGAGGCCCCCAGGACCUCAGGGGGUGGGUGCUGGGGACUUCUCCAAUAAACGGGGUGCCA